AUGGGCUACUACACGGACCCGACUUUCAACCGGGAUUUGCUAGGGAACCGAAGUUUGCUUUUCAUUUUCAUCUGCGCCUUCGCCGUGGUGACUUUGCUGCAGCAGAUCCUGUACGGGAGGAACUAUCUGAAGAGUGAGCCGCAGUUUAGCUGGCAGAGUGAUGAGGGGGCGAACUGGACUAACGGCUCCAAUUUCAUGGAUGGCGGAGCUCUGAGUGGAGCUGGCACAGGCAGCAGGUACUUUGAAUAUUAUGACGGUUCUUUUGACUACAACUCUACAAAAUGCCUGGGUCUAAGGCGGGAAAUAAUGCAGUUGAAAGUCCUGACGGUAGCGAGGCAGACGGAAUUGUUUGAAAGGUGGAAGAAUCUUCAGAUCUGCAAGUGGGAGAAUAUCACGGAGGCCAACUUCUUCAAGUCUACUCUGUCCAGAUGCUGCAAUGCACCAGCCUUCCUCUUCACUACACAAAAGAACACACCUCUGGGGACAGACCUGAAAUAUGAAGUGGACACCAGCGGCAUUUUCCAUAUCAACGUCGAAGUAUUCCGAAUGUUUCCUAAGGAGAUGCCCUAUUCUCUCCAGUUUAAGAAAUGUGCGGUGGUUGGAAAUGGAGGAAUUUUGAAGAACAGCGGAUGUGGCCAGGAGAUCGACGCUGCCGAUUUCAUCUUGAGAUGCAAUUUGCCACCCAUAUCGAGGAAAUACGUUGCAGAUGUUGGUGUCAAGACUAACGUCGUGACGGUCAAACCCCAGCAUAAUUACGAAAGGUUCCAGAGGCUGGAGAAAUGGCGGAGGCCUUUUUACCAGGUCCUGAAAUCCUACGAAAACUCCUCCGUGUUGCUUCCCGCCUUCUACAACACCCACAACACCGACGUCUCCCUCAGGGUCAGGUACGUCCUGGAUGACUUUCAAUCGAAGAAGGCCGUCUACUUUUUCCACCCCAAAUAUCUCAUCAAUGUCUCCCGCUACUGGCUGACUCAAGGGGUGCGGGCCAAGCGUAUCACCACAGGGCUGAUUCUCGUGACGGCCGCCUUGGAGCUCUGUGAAGAGGUGCACCUCUUUGGAUUUUGGGGUUUCCCCAUGAACCCCUCAGGGAUAUUUAUAACUCACCAUUACUACGACAACGUCAAACCUCGACCCGGAUUCCAUGCCAUGCCUUCGGAGAUGUUCAACUUUCUCCGUCUGCACAGCAGGGGGAUUUUAAGGGUCCACACGGAUGCCUGUGGCUACUCCUGA